AAAAACUUUUAGGCCCCUUCGAAAUAGCAGUCACUAUGUCGACGUUUUGGAAGUGACAAAAUCGUUUCUCAAGGCCGAAGCACACCCGUCUCUCUUUAGAAAAACGAUCUUGGCACGAUGAAGUUGGUCAGAUUUUUGAUGAAAUUAAACAAUGAGACAGUCUCUGUCGAAUUGAAAAAUGGCACCAUCGUACACGGCACCAUUACAGGUGUUGACAUGAGCAUGAACACACACUUGAAGGCAGUCAAAAUGACCGUGAAGAGCAAAGAUCCCGUCAAUCUCGAUUCCCUCAGCAUUCGUGGCAACAAUAUUCGUUGCGUUAUCUUGCCCGACAGUCUUCCAUUAGAUACAUUGCUGAUUGACGAUACACCCAAGGCAAAGUCCAAAAGCAAAGAUGGUCCAGCAGGUCGUGGUCGUGGUCGUGGUAUGGUGCGCGGCCGUGGUGGAAGAGGUAGAGGCAGAGGUGGUCGUUAAGAACAACCUGACCAUACAAAAGAGACGAAAACCCCUAUUUGCAAGCAACGAACCUUUUUUUUUAUCCAUUCGCCUUAUAAAUAAAAAUACACAGACAAAAACUAGGCAGCACCCUAUCCAACGUUUUUAGUAUCAUGGUUGUGAUUGGUUUUCUUAAUUUAUGAACCAUUCACACAUCUUCUCGUUUUGUCUCCUAUCCAAGUCCUGGAAAUACUGGUGAACCGGUUCCACGCGCACGGGUGAUGGUUACUGAAAGCAUCUCGUAGUUACUGUAUACGGAAAUGAAGAAAGAGGUCUCAAAAAAGCUUG